GUCAGAGUGUGGGAGUGUGUGUGUUUGUGAACAAGGUGUGUUUCUCUCUGAAGCCGCUCGUGAGAACAGAAUGAAUGGUGUCUGAAUAACUACAUCAGGUUAAUAAUGGUCCGUGUGUUCCUGAUAGAGCCAGUGGUUGGUGUCUAUGCCUUCUCCAUGUUCAUGCUGUACCCCCUGAUCCAGCAGUAUGUCUACAGGAGGCUGUGGCAGCAGCUCACCGGCGCCCCCUACCCUACGCAGCUGAACUACACCCACUGCUCUGACAGCAGCACCAACCUCAGCUCCAUUCACCAGGAGAUCCAGAAGGAGGCAUCUCUGUUCCUCUUCUACAGUGAGCUCUGUUUCCUCUUCCCUAGUCUCCUCUCCUCCCUGCUCCUGGUCUCCUACAGUGACCACCGCGGCAGGAAGGUAGCUCUAGUGCCCCCACUGGUGGGCGAGCUGUUAUUUGCUCUGUGCUAUGCAACCGUGUCUCAUCUCUCCCUCAGCCUGGGUUACCUGCUAGGGGCCUCGUUCCUGGCUGGGGUAAUGGGGGGGCCCACUGCUCUACUGGGGGGAAGUUUUGCUUAUAUAGCUGACCUAUGUGAGGGGGGGAAGGGGAGAUGGGGGGAGUUACCAAUGUGA